AUGGCCCAAUACUAUCCACAGCAACAGCCCUACGGGUCGCAGGCCUCCCCGCAGAAUCUCCAGUUUUAUCCUUCAUCAUAUACCUCGGUUUCAGGCCACACAACACCAUCGCAAGCUUAUGGCGGGUUUGGCGGGCCCUCGGGCUCCACUGCUCAGGCAUUUGGAGGGGUCGGGAGCGGAUACGGUGGCUUUGGGUCCCCUGCCGCUGCAGUGAGUGGGAGAAUGGGUGAACAGGGCGGAUUAAGGACAGGAUGGCUUGCUGCAUUUGGCACGGAGGGCUAUGAAGGGGAGCCGCCGCUGUUGGAGGAGCUGGGUGUGAAUUUUGCGCAUAUCAGGACCAAGACACUGACGGUGCUCAAUCCCUUUGCUCGGAUUGAUCAGCAUCUCAUGGACGACAGCGAUCUUUACGGGGCUCUCCUCUACAUCGUGCUCUACGGGACAUUCCUCCUUCUCUCGGGCAAGGUCUUCUACGGCUACAUCUACGGUGUUGCCGUCUUCGGUACCGUCGCCCUGCAUCUGAUUCUCAGUCUCAUGUCGCCCGCUCUCGAUACCGCGUCUGCGCCCAAUGCCGCAGACCCGUCCAACUACGACCCCCAUCACAAGCCUACCAUGUCCGACGCCUCUUCCGUGGGUCAUUUCUCUGCCACUCUGACGUUUCCCCGGUCAGCCAGCGUUCUCGGUUACUGCUUCCUGCCCUUGGUUUUGACCAGUCUUGUGGGGAUUCUGAUCCCGAUGGAUACGUUGUUCGGGUACUUGUUAACGACGGCCGCGGUCGGCUGGUGCACGUAUAGUUCCUCGGGGAUGUUCUGCGCUGUGGCCCGGAUGCGUGGUAUGAGAGGCUUGGUGGCGUACCCGCUUGCACUGUUCUAUGUCGUCUUCGGCAUCAUGGGGAUCUUCUCGUCCCGCGGCAGCGGUACUCUGGCCGCUAAAACGGGCGCCGCUUGA